AUGUACCUUGUCGACAGUGGAAUUGACCUGUCCAGCCCGGUGAAUGUACACGGAGAGGAACCAAAAUGGUUGUAUCCAGGUGAAAAUGUUGACGAUGAGGGCUACCCAUUCCAACUCCGUGUCGGUCAAAAAGAUGACAAGGAGAAAAAGAUUCAGCACAGAGCAGUUGCCAGCCUGCCAUUUGGGUUUCCCCCCAUAGGCUCGUUCAGUGCGUCUAGCGGUCGAAUCCCAAAGUUGGGAGAUCCACUCUUUCCAAUGUACGAGGCUACACAGGCCCUUAUUGACACAGGUAUUGUUAUGACCACUGCCUCCGGCAAUUGGGGACAAGAAUCAGUAUGGGGGCCUCUUCUGCCACCGCUGGUCUGA